CGCUGGCCCCUCCCCCCUUCCCCCUCGCUUUGAUCCUCGCAAGUUCUUUUUUCCUAAGGGGCAUAAUAGGGAGUUGGGUGCGGAGAUUUUAGUAGAAGACUAGAUUAAGGAAGGGAAAGGAUCUUAGGCCUAAACCGCACUCGCCAACCCCUACCAUGUUACAAAUGAGGAAACUGAGGCCCAGCGCCGUGAUCCCACAGAAGGAAAUGGAAAAGGAAAAGCCAUUUAAAUUGUUUUUACCACCAAGACUAAGUAGCAGUCAAGUGUCAGCAGUUAAACCUCAGACUGUAGGAGGAGACACUAAUUUUUUCAAGAGUUUUAACAAGAGUGUUGAAGAUGAUUUUGGUUUGCCUUUUGGAAUAACUAAACCAUCUAAACAUAGUGGAAACAUCGAUUCAGAUACAGUUCUGCAAAAAAUUAAUUUUUUGCCCACGAUUGAAGAGGUUGGUACCGAGCGCUCUAAUUUCUUGGAAGAACUAAAGAACCCUCAGUGUGAGACUUCAGAGCCAGUCAGAAGGAUUUAUUCAAAACUGUAUAAGGAAGCUGAAAAGAUUAAGAAGUGGAAGGUGAAUAUAGAAUUUGAACUGAACCAAAAAGAGAAGCAGUUACAGGAAAAUAGAAAGAUUAUUGAAGCACAGCGAAAAGCCAUUCAGGAGUUGCAGUUUGAAAAUGAGAAAGUAAGUUUGAAAUUAGAGGAUGGAAUUCAAGAAAAUAAAGAACUACUGAAAGAGAACAAUGCCACAAGACAUUUGUGUAAUCUGCUCAAAGAAACCUGUGCUAGGUCAGCAGAAAAGUCAAAGAAAUAUGAGUACGAAAGGGAAGAAACUAGACAACUAUAUUCAGAUCUAAAUAAUAAUAUUGAGAAAAUGAUACAAGCUUUUGAAGAGCUUCGAGUAGGAGCUGAAAGUUGCAGACAGGAAAUGCAUUUUAAGUUAAAGGAAGCAUGUGAAAAAAUUCAGCAACUUGAAGAAGAACAUGUAAAAGAAGUCCAUGAUAAGGAAAAGAAGGUAUCACUAUUAUUGAUACAGAAUGAUGAGAAAGAAAUGAAAAUUAAAGAUUUAAAAUCGCUGCUACAAGAAUACGAUGAUAAAGUUAAUCAAUUUCAAGAAAAAUUAAAAUGGCAAAAUGAAAACUUAAAAGAAUCCAAAGACCAACAGGAUCACUUGAUGUCAAAAUUAGAAGAAAUUAAAAUGUCUUUGCAAAAAAGUGAGAGUUCUCAGAAGAUAUUAGAGGAAGAAUUACAGACUGCAGGCAAAACAAUAAUUCAGCUUACAAGAGAAAAAGAAGCUCAAAUGGAAGAAAUGAGUGAAGCUAAGGUUACACAUUCAUCAGUCAUUGCUGAAUUUGAAACUACUAUUUCCAACUUGAAGGAAUUGUUGAGAAGAGAACAGCACAGAUUGGAGCAAAAUGAAGAACUGUUGAAAACUCUUACCUUGGAGCUACAGAAGAAAUCAAGUGAACUGGAAGACAUGAAACUAUGUGAAAAGGACAAAGAAAUACAACUUGAAGAAUUAAAAAGAACCUUGGAGGUAAAUCAAAGACUUUUAAGUGAAAAGAAGCAUUUAGAGACGAUUACUGAAAAACUGAAGGCAACAGAAAUAGAGCUAAAUGGGAUUCUGCAAGUCAGAGAGAAAGAAGUACAUGAUUUGGAAGCAAAAUUUAAUGAAGCUGCUGCAAAUGAACAAAAUUACUCACAACUGGUUGCCAGACUUAAAACUGAGCUUGAACAGGAGAGGCUAAAAAAUAUUGAAUUAACUGCAAAUUUCAACAAGCUCUCACUAGAAAACAAACAGAUGGCACAAGAAAGAAUGAUUACAACCUUAGAAUCCAAGAAACUGCAAGAAGAUAUUAAUGAUAACAAAAAGCAAGAAGAAAAGAUGAUGAAGCAAAUUGAAAAUCUAGAAGAAACUAAAAACCUAUUGAGGAAUGAAGUGGAUGCUGUGAAAGAGCAGUUAAAACGAAAAAGUGAAGAAGUUGAAAGUAAAUUGAGUGAAAGUGAAGAAAAUACCAGAAGUAUUGAAAGUGAAAUAUUGAAAAAAGAUAAGCAACUAAAGAUAUUAGAAAACAAGUUUAACAAUUUGAAAAAACAAAUGGAAAAUAAAAACAAAUCCUUUGAAGAACUACAGCAAGAGAAUAAAGCCUUAAAAAAGAAAAGUAUUGCAGAGAACAAACAGUUGAAUACCUAUGAGAUAAAGGUGAAUAAAUUAGAGUCAGAGCUAAAUGAUGCUAACAAAAAUUUUGAGGAAAUGACUGACAACUACCAAAAAGAAAUUGCUAACAAAAAGAUAUCAGAAGAAAAUCUUUUGGGAGAGGUUGAAAAAGCAAAGGCAAUAGCAGAUGAAGCUGUUAAACUACAAAAAGAAAUUGAUUUAAGAUGUCAGCAUAAAAUUGCUGAAAUGGUAGCACUUAUGGAAAAACAUAAGGAUCAAUAUGAUAAAAUAGUUGAAGAGAGAGAUACAGAAUUAGGACUGUAUAAGAGCAAAGAGCAAGAGCAGUCAUUGAAGAAAACAUCUUUGGAAAUCGAAGUAUCUAAUCUCAAAAGCAAACUUUCAUCUGUUGAGACUCAGCUUAAAAUAGAAACUGAGGAGAAAGAAAAACUUUUAAGAGAAGCAAAAGAGAAUAUGGCCUUGCUCAAGGAGAAAAAGGAUAAGAAAAUACAAACGUCUGUUUUGGCAAUUCCUGAAACCAGCAAGUGGAAAUUUGAUUCUGAAAUAGAUUCUUCAAAAAAUGCAUCAUUAAAUUUCAUGUCAGUUGAUCAUGUCCAAUCAAAAGAAAAAGAAGAAUCCUUUUGGACCCCUGCCAAAAAAUCCUUAUCUACACCAUCAUUAAAGGCAUACACUGUGAAGACACCAACAAAAAUGAAAAUACUGCAGAGUGAAAAGAAGAAUCCAUACAAGGAAGGAACAAUUAGAAAAAGAAAAAUGCUAUUUGAAUUUGAUACAAAUUCAGAUACUUCAGAUCACAUUGACCUUUUGAGCAUGGUUUCAGAUGAAGACGCAUUUCAAAAACUACACAAGGGUUAUCCUCAAGCUUCUUAUCAAAGUGUCACAACACCAAAGAAGAAUCACAGACCUUUAUCCUUAACAACUCCAGGAUCAGCAUUGAAAUUUGCAGCUAUGAGAAAAAUGCGAGAAGGUGGCUGGGCUGCAGUUUCUAAAAUGGACAGGAAAAAAAAAAUAAAGGAAGCAGAAAAGUUAUUUACUUAAAAUUUAGUUACAUAGUUGAAUUAAGUGGUGUAAUAACAUAAAAUUUGUUACCAUAGAUUUUAUUCUUCUUUUUUUGAUAGUUUAUAAUUUUCUAUUUAGGCUGUAGGUUUUCUAGAAAUAGUUUUAAGUUUAUUUUGCAUUUGCAUAAAGGAUUCAUUUCUUUAAUUUUCCUCUGCUAUAUUUUAGGCUCAAAUGUAAAUAAUUGCAUGUUACUUGAAAAGUUAUAACUGUAGUGAAGUUGUUGAAUGCUAUUGCUAUUAUCUUGAUUCAGAUUAUCAUUGCUAAAUGUUUUUAAAGAAGAUUGUUAACUGAAAUUUACUGUUGAUUUUUGUUUCAAACAGCAUUUAUUUUUAAGCUCCACUAUGAAACCAUUUUGGCCAUAAAUAAAUAGUUCUUAUUGGCCUGGUGAGGUCAGCCAAACAGUUAAUCUAACCCUUUUGAGAAUAGCAUUCUGGUUAAAGCUUUGACACAUUAGUACAAAGUUAGUUAUUGAAAUAUUAUUUUGUCAUGUACAAAAAUCUCUCACAUAAAUAAUCUCUAUAUAAUUAUAUACACAAAAAUCUUUCAUAUAAUAAUUUUUAUUUUUAGAUAUUUCUGAGAGAAUUUUGUGUAUAUGCAAGGAUUCUGAAUUCUCUUUUCCCUCUGUGCUAUUUCACUUAAUGAUCUCAUCAGCUUCCAUGAAUUCAAGUAUC